AUGCCGGGGGGCAGCGACACGCCCUCGUGGGUGCGCCUGAGAGAGACGGACGGAAGCAGCGGCCAACAAUCACUAUCUCACUUCAAGAAUACACUCCCUGCCUUAUGUGCUUCACAGGUGGGCGGGCAGGUGGCCUUUCAUGGCAUGCCGGGGGGCAGCGACACGCCCUCGUGGGUGCGCCUGAGAGAGACGGCCAAUGCCGGCCAGAGCCACAUUCUCGUGGACGCUGACGUCAGCAACUGGGCGGCGGGGAUGACGGUGGCUCUGGCCUCCACCAGUAACGACCUGAACGAGGCGGAGCACCAUUUGAUUGCGUCAGUUGCCGCUGACAUCAGCAAUCCUGGCGUUUUCCGCAUCAACCUGCAGACCCCCCUGAAGAACACGCACCAGGGGGAGGUGUUACCUGACGGCGGCUCGGGCACCGUAGGAAUUUUCGGGGAAGUUGCGCUGCUGGACCGCCACGUCAGCAUCCAGGGGACGAAUGAGGAGGCGCCACAUCAGCUCGACGGGGGACAUUUCAUCAUCUACAUGACACCUACCAAGCAGAUCUUGGAGGGUGUGCAGUUUAAAGGCCUCGGAAAUCAGGGGACACUGGGGAAAUACCCCGUGCACUUCCAUAUUUGCGGGCAGAACGGGCAGGACCACGUGGUUCGGAAGAAUGCGAUCGUGUUCACCAGACAGCGAUGCAUGGUGAUUCACGCCACGGGCAGCAUGAAAAUAGAGGAAAACGUGGCGUACGAGACCAAGGGGCACUGCUAUUUGUUGGAAGAGGGCAGUGAGCUAAACAAUAACUUCAGGCGCAACCUUGGGAUUAACGCCCGGAAAGUGGAAAAAUCAAUUCCCCCCGCGAGCAGCAGCAAGCUGGACAAGCAGACGGACAAACAACCCACCACGUUCUGGCUCGCCACUCCCCACAGCAACUUCAUUGAUAAUGUUGCCGCUGGGUCGGAGGAUUCAGGAUUCUGGCUAGAGGCCACCCCAUACAUGCGAGGUGUGUCCCGCCUGCUGCCAGCCAUAGGAGCCAUCAACCCCCUCACCUACAACUGGGGGGAAUACACGGGGAACGUCGCUCACAGCAACCUGUUUGGGUUCCGGACAUACCCACACGGCUCGUAUGCGCGCUACCCGGUGUAUAAUAAAGACCCGGCUCCAUUGAAGGACUUUCUUAUCUACCGCAACACAGUGGGAAUGUUCUUUUUCAACAGCGAACGAAUUGUGGUGGAGAACGGAGUCUUCCUGGAAAACGCCAUCGGCAUCGACCUGAGCCGCAACGGACCGACCACUCUCACUCAGCCCGACAGCCUCUCCCUUGCUCUCGGGCCGUUGGAUGAGGUCUAUGGUGCUGGAGUGGAUUUCACUCGUCCAGAAGAACAAUUGUUUCAAGAGCUCAACACCAAGAAGGGCGCGCUGGCGCGAGUGAAGCAGCAGCAGAUGGCAGGGCCGAUGCAGCGGGUGAUAGGCGACGGCAAGACGGGCAGCUUCGCGUCGCCUGUGGGGAUUGUCGUCAGCCAGUGCAACCCAUCAGACCCUCCUGGACCCAACUCGAUCCAAGACAGCUUCUUCUCAAACUAUGGCACCACUGACGAUUCCAGCUUUGCUGUGAUUCUUACAGCCAACCACGCAGGAGGGUAUUGGAACAGUGCUUUCUUCGUCAAGGGCCUAACCUUUGGUUCUGGAACCAAUAAGUUCUGGGCUACUCCCAAUCCUCCCGCAGCCACGCCGCCUCGAGGAGGCCUGCUGGCGCGCUUCUACGCCAUCCGGGAUCUCGACGGCUCCCUCACCGGCCAAUCAGGCUACGCCGUUGCCAACUACGACCCCAUCCUGCCGCCCGCCGCCGUCCGGGCGGCCAAGUGCUCGUUGGACAGAGCACAGAACGUGUAUGCGUGCACGGACGUGUGCUACCGAGCGGUGGGGAUCGGAUAUAUCGAGUGGGGCGUGCGGCCGAAUGGAAUGACUGGGCUUCCCGCUUACGUGCUGAGACCAUACAGCUACGUUGUCGUGACAAGGUUAGAAGAUGGGGCGCAAUUCACAGAUUACGGCACGGACAACGACAACCCCAACAGCGGCCCCGCCACACCCACCAAGAGAGUGCGGCGCUACCUCACAUCCUCGCUCCUGGCCGGCUACACCUACUCCCUGCGCAUCGUGCCCGCACCCACCAACCCGCUGUUCUACCCCGAAGGAAUCUUCGUGCGAUCGUACGACCAGGAGGGGUGUGCGGGGGCUGUCACUAUCGUGCUGGAGCCGAAAGAUGCGAGCACACAAUGGGUCACCAGCAUUCCCACCAUUCCAUGCUCCAAUCCAAACAGCAACCUGGCUUAUCAGCAGUACCAGUGCAUGGAUGGGCAGGCCAAGCUGGCGAUCCACAUAGGGGAGAACAGCCAUGGGAAUCAUGCCAUUGUCAACGCCACUGCUGCUGCCAGCCAAGCGUGCACCGAGGACACGCCUUGUUCCACGACUGCCGCGACAACCUCCUCCACCCCCCAGGCCUCCCCGUACUCCUCCGAUCCUCUCACUCCCUUGUCCACCUCCCCUUUGCCUUUCGCCCCCACUCGCACAACGGCUGGCAACAUCGACCCUUUCUAUGACCCUGCCGUCGCCUCCUUCACGCCGACUCGCUGGGUUGCCGCCACUUCCGCCUCGCGGCAACCACAAACGAGCCGGGCCAACCGCCUGGUCGUCCGUGCAGAGACUCAGAGCAAGGGCUUGACCCGAGAAGGAGUGCUCCAGGGUGGCAGAUGGCUGAGCUCCAACACCCGCCACGUGCGCAUCUACGUGGGGUACAUCGACCCGGAGACCAUGGAGAUGGACCAGACACAGUCCGACAAGCUGUCGCUGAUGCUGGACACGGAUAAUGAGUUCCUGUGGACGCCCGAGACGGAGAAGAAGGUGUACGACAAGUUCACAGAGCUCGUGGACGCCUACGCGGGUGCUGAGAUGUCAGAGUACACGCUUCGCCUGAUUGGCUCUGACUUGGAGCACUUCAUUCGCAGUCUGCUGUUGGCUGGAGAGAUCUCAUACAAUUUGGACUGCCGGGUGCUCAAUUUCAGCAUGGGCAAGCCACGCAUGCCGGAUCCUGCUGCUAAGUGA